AUGCUUAAGAUUUCGAUCUCAAUUACAAUUAUCCACCUGCUCUGGCCAGUGUCCUUUGGUGGAGCCUAUAGCCUUCCACCGGUGGUGCAAAUGGGUGGCGCCAUUGUGGCAGCCGUGGAACAAGAUGCGGAACAGGAAGCUGCCGCCGCAGAGCAAUUGCAUUUGGAACGAGAGUGGAUUGCAGUGGCCGAAAACCAAUUACAGAGAUUAAUUACUGAGGAAUUAAGUGCCGAGCAGGUGAGGAACCUACUGGAUGCCUGGAAACCCGAAGGUCGCGGCAAGCACAAGAAGCAAAAGAAACUCAUGAAAAUGGUGUAUCCCAUGCUUGUGGCUGCCGCUCUGGCUAAAUUGAUUAUCCUUCCUUUGGUCCUUAAAUGGCUAACGGCUCUCUCUACGUCAUCGUUUAUCAUGGGCAAAAUUGCUUUAGUCACUUCGGGAUUGUUGGCCCUGAGAUAUAUAUUGUCCAAUGGGAAUGCCCGCGAUCGGCUGGAGAUUAUUCACUCCUCUGCGCCAUCGAUUAAAGGGUAUCAUGCGGCCACGGAUCUCUCCGGCAGCGCCAGCACUUGGAUGCCUAUUCGACAGCCUUAUAUACCCUUUGGUUUAUCCAAGGAUCAAAAUUAUGAAAAUGUGUAUAAGCCAUUUUUAUAG